UACUGAGAAGCUUCCAAUUCAUCUAACCCUUGAGACACAGAACUUGGGGACUGGCUUGGCAGGAGCAGGGAUUUUAGUCCAUUAACACUCUUUUUUCAUCACUGGCUAAGAAUUCACCCACGAGGUUGCAUGGGCGGCAUCUGUCAUAUUUGAAACCAUAAUUAAUCUGCAUCCUGUUGAGAAAUUUCUGGUUGCAACAUCUCCUGGGCUGUUUCGAACAGAGCAUGCGCCACUGACAGCUGCCUGUGGAAGGAGCUGGAAUCAACCUGAAGCUCCCAGCCCUGGAAGACAGACCCCCAGAGACGACAGAGAUUGGGCAGACCCAAAAUGUGGCAGCUUUUAGCAUCAGCAUGCUGGAUGCUUCUUCUUGGACCUGUAUAUGGUUAUCACAAGAGAGGAAGCAUCACAAAUCCUGAAGCCAAUAUGAAUAUUAGCCAGAUUAUUUCCCACUGGGGUUAUCCUUAUGAAGAGUAUGAUGUUGUGACAAAAGAUGGUUAUGUCCUCGGAAUUUACAGGAUUCCUCAUGGAAGAGGAUGUGCAAGGAGAACAGCUCCAAAGCCUGUUGUGUAUUUGCAACAUGGUUUAGUUGCAUCUGCCAGUAACUGGAUUUGCAAUCUGCCAAACAACAGCUUGGCUUUCCUUCUGGCAGAUAGUGGUUAUGAUGUGUGGAUGGGGAACAGCCGGGGAAAUACCUGGUCCAGAAAACACUUGACAUUUUCACCAAAAUCACCAGAAUUCUGGGCUUUCAGUUUGGAUGAGAUGGCUAAAUAUGACCUUCCAGCCACAAUCAAUUUUAUCGUAGAGAAAACUGGACAGGAGCGACUCUACUAUGUGGGCCACUCCCAAGGCACCACCAUUGCUUUCAUAGCAUUCUCUACAAAUCCAGAGCUGGCUAAGAGGAUUAAGAUAUUUUUUGCAUUGGCUCCAGUCGUCACAGUGAAAUAUACUAAAAGUCCUAUGAAAAAAUUAACAAUUCUUUCCAGAAAAGUCAUCAAGGUGUUAUUUGGUGAAAAGAUGUUCUAUCCUCAUACAUUUUUUGACCACUUCAUUGCCACCAAGGUGUGCAACCGGAAGCUAUUUCGUCAUAUUUGCAGCAAGUUCCUGUUUACUUUAAGUGGAUUCGAUCAAAAAAACUUAAACAUGAGUCGCUUGGAUGUUUAUUUGGCACAGAGCCCCGCGGGAACAUCUGUUCAGAAUAUGUUGCACUGGGUCCAGGCUGCUAAUUCUGGUCUGUUCCAAGCUUUUGAUUGGGGAAACCCUGAUCAGAACAUGAUGCACUUCCACCAGCUUACACCUCCCUUGUACAACGUUACUAAGAUGGAAGUUCCAACAGCAGUGUGGAGUGGUGGACAGGACCUUGUGUCUGAUCCCAAGGACGUUGAGAAUUUACUCCCUAAAAUUACCAAGCUUAUUUAUUACAAGUUGAUUCCGCACUACAACCAUGUGGAUUUUUACCUUGGACAGGACGCACCCCAGGAAAUUUACCAAGACCUAAUUAGAUUGAUGGAGGAAUGUUUGCAAAAUUAAAUAUACUUUCCUUUCUCUAAGCAAGUAGGUUUUCAUAAUGUGGUGCACAGACCCUAAGGUGACCCCUCCAAAUAUUUUCUCCUCUUCGUGUCCAUGCAUUUGUGUAAUCCUCUCCCCUUGAGAGUUGAAGGGACCUGAGACUUGCUUCUAGCCAACAGAAUUGACAAAGGUGAUGGGAUGGCACAUCUUUGGUUGAUUAUGUUUAUGGCAAAGGUGAUGGGAUGUCACUUCCUGAUGACAUUCUAUUAUAUAAGAAUCCAUCUUAGCAGACUGGAGCAGGAGAUUCUCCUUGUUGGCUUGAUGAAGUAACCAGAUAUGUUGAGGAAGCCCACCCGAGAAGGAACCGUGUGUGGCUUUUAGGUUCUGCAGGUGGCUUCCAGCCGUUAACCUGCAAAAAACCAGGACUCUCGGUCAUAUAGCUACAAGGAAAUGAAUUCUGCCUAAAAUCUGAAUGAGCUUGGAAGUCCAUUCUUCCCUAGUACAGCCUCCACUUGAGAAAGCAGCCUGUGAACACCUGGAUUGCAGCCUGGUGAGACCCUGAGCAGAGACCCAGC